UCCCCCUUCUCCGAUUCGCCUGCAUAAUGCGUGAGCCCUACCUCCACGGAUAACAAACUUCUGUAAUAUUACAGUAACUCUUUCUCUCCGCUCCAUAUAAUAUUUCAAACUUUGUCGAGCGCUGUAUCCGAUCAUUGAUUGUUGUCGCGCAUUUCCCGUCGAUGUCGAGCAACGACGACUGCAGGCAGUCGCGACUAGACAAUCAUGGAGCACGACGUGAAAAAGUACUUCAAGUACAAGAGGGGCAUAGUCUUCAUGCUGUCAGCCUCCGGGGUCUGGCCGAAUUACACAAGUCAUCCAGCAGCAGUGAGGCUCUUUCUCAACAUUUGCUCGGCUCUCGCAAGUGGAUGCAUGUUCUACUGUAUCGUCAACUUUUGCCUAAACUACGCCACGAAUAUAAAUGCGUUCACCAGCUGCUUGGGACUCAUGAUCGGGUUCUUUUCUACUUUUAUCAAGGUUAUCAUUCUACCGAUGCAAAAGGAGGACUUGCAGAGUCUCAACGAGGGCGUUUCGGCGAGCUACGAGAGAAACCUCAGGAUUGUUAAAUUUCGACACCAUCUCUUGGCUCAUUUUCCAAUGUUUUCCAGAUUCUUCUAUCUCUACAGCUAUUCCGUUGGAAUGAGUGUCCUCUUGCUGACCAUUAUGCCGCUAUUGGCACUGAGGCAGGGGAAGUACGUCAGGAUGUAUCCACAGCUAGUGCCGUUCAGCUACGAGCCAGGCGGCUCGCUCCACUGGUCGAUCUACGCCUUCGAAGUGUUCUGCGGCUUCUACCUCUGGAGUGUCACCUCCGGCGUGGACUCCGUUUUCGGCCUCUACGCCCUCCACAUGGUCGGCGAACUUCGGCUUCUCAACGUUCGAUUUCAGAUGCUCAAAUCUAGCAACAACUACGCGAAAGACUUGAAGAGCUGCGUCGACAGCCACAUAAUGCUGAUGGAGUCUCGACACAAGCUGCAGCGGAUCUUUGGCUUUCUCGCAAUUUGGCUGGCUAUAACUUGCGCCAUCGCUCUCUGUGCCCUCGUUUUCCAGGCUCUCCAGGCAAAGCACGCGACCAUAAUCCGAAUUAUCUACCUAUGUGGUCACUGCUUUUUGAAAUUGCUGCAAGCUUACUUUUACGCUUGGUACGGCAACAUCAUAGCGAUCGAGAGCGACGCGUGUCAAAGUGCAAUUUACGAAUCGCAGUGGCCGGGCAGCGGUGACAAGCGUUUCAUGAACGACGUGCUCGUCGUUCUCUCGCAAACGCCGAUGAUUUUCAAAGCCAAACAGUGGAUGCCUCUACGUCUGGAUAUGUUUUCGUAGUUCAUACCUCGGUCUCUUACUUUUUCCUGUUGCGAACUCUGGACGAAAGCUAAGGGUGAUAUAGCGUGUAUUGCAGCAUGUCUGACGUUGUGCGGUAUCGUAAUUGUGUAACGAAGUGCACAUGCGAAGUAUCUGACUCACUUGUAACGGCAGAAAUAUAUUUAAAGUCUGAAACAGAUCAUAUCGCAUUGUGCACAACUGCGAGUGCGACAUAUUAUAUAGUAAUUUUACGCAUGAAACAUAUAAUUAUUUUUGCCAUACUAGCCAUGUGCGCUGUUUCAAGUAACGUAUCUUUCUACAGAUGUAAAUUUAUUUUAUGUAACAUUUUUAUAUAAAUACCAGGAUAACCAACAUAAAUGUAUUUUGUUUUUUAAAAUAAAAAAUACUAUGUAUAUGAAA